GGGGAAGGGGCCGGUCACUCUGAAGCCGCUCCUGCUGCCAUUGAGUCGCUUCUUCUUCUCUUUCAAGGAACAUGGAUUCAUCUGAAGGGAAGUUUGGGGCAUCAGCAGCAGACAAUGCUGGUGAGUCACCAGUGGCAGUGGAAGAAUCGUUCUUCAGUAUGUUGGACAUCUUCCUGUUCUCCCUUAUUGUUGGGUUUGCAAUCUACUGGUUUUUCUUCAGAAAGAAAAAAGUGGAAAUCCCAGACUACAAAACAAUCCAGCCACAGGUACCAACAAUACGAGAAACCAGUUUCAUUGAAAAGAUGAAGAAAACAGGAAAAAACAUAGUUGUGUUUUACGGCUCUCAAACAGGAACAGCGGAAGAGUUUGCAAACAGACUGUCAAAAGAUGCUCAGCGGUAUGGAAUGCGAGGAAUGGCUACUGAUCCAGAGGAAUAUGAUAUGUCUGAACUAAAUCGACUUACAGAAGUAGAGAACUCACUGGCAAUCUUCUGCAUGGCUACAUAUGGCGAAGGUGAUCCCACUGACAACGCACAAGAUUUCUAUGACUGGAUGCAAGAGACUGAUCUAGAUCUAGCUGGUGUGAAAUAUGCAGUCUUUGGACUUGGAAAUAAAACUUAUGAGCACUUUAAUGCGAUGGGCAAGUACGUAAACAAGAGACUGGAACAGCUGGGAGCAGAAAGGAUCUUUGAACUGGGCCUGGGCGAUGAUGACGGCAACUUGGAGGAAGAUUUCAUCAUGUGGCGUGAGCAAUUCUGGCCAGCAGUGUGUGAGUAUUUUGGAGUUGAAGCCACUGGUGACGAUUCCAGCAUCCGUCAAUAUGAGCUGGUGGUGCAUAACGACAUUAACAUGAAUAAAGUCUAUACUGGAGAGAUGGGACGUCUGAAAGCUUAUGAAACUCAGAAACCGCCUUAUGAUGCAAAGAAUCCCUUUUUGGCAUCUGUGACAGUGAACCGGAAACUGAACAAAGGAGGAGAACGGCACCUAAUGCAUCUCGAGCUGGACAUCACCAGUUCAAAGAUUAGGUAUGAAAGUGGAGAUCACGUGGCUGUGUUCCCCACAAAUGAUUUGACAAUCGUUAGUGAGAUUGGCAAAAUAUUAAACGCAGACCUGGAUGUAAUAUUUUCCUUAAAAAAUCUUGAUGAGGAGUCCAAUAAGAAGCACCCAUUCCCUUGUCCAACUACAUACCGAACAGCUUUGUCACAUUAUCUAGAUAUCACCAAUCCUCCACGCACUAAUGUUCUCUAUGAACUGGCCCAGUAUGCGUCGGAUCCCAAAGAGCAAGAAUUUCUUCGUAAAAUGGCUUCAUCCUCCCCCGAAGGCAAGUCGCAAUACCUCAGGUGGGUGGUGGAAGACAGGAGGAACAUUCUGGCCAUCUUAGAAGAUUUGCAGUCUCUCCGUCCACCUAUCGAUCAUCUGUGUGAGCUGUUGCCACGUUUACAGGCUCGAUAUUAUUCUAUCGCUUCAUCUUCAAAGGUUCAUACUGAUUCCGUUCAUAUCUGUGCGGUUGUAGUGGAGUACCUGUCUAAAGCAGGCCGCAUCAACAGGGGCGUAGCAACUACCUGGCUGCAUAAUAAAAUACCAACCGAUAAUGAUCACAAACCCAUUGUCCCAAUGUACGUGCGGAAGUCUCAGUUCAGGCUGCCUUACAAACCCAGUACACCGAUCCUCAUGAUCGGACCUGGCACCGGCAUCGCUCCCUUUGUUGGCUUUAUUCAGGAACGGGCUUGGCUGAAGCAACAAGGGAAGGAAGUUGGAGAGACUGUGCUGUAUUAUGGCUGUCGCCAUCAGAAUGAGGAUUAUCUAUAUCAGGAAGAGCUGGAGCAGUAUCAGAAAGCUGAUGUCCUUACUCAGCUUAACGUAGCGUUCUCCAGAGACCAGGCAGAGAAGGUUUAUGUCCAACAUUUGCUGAAGAAAAAUAAAGAACAUGUGUGGAAUCUAAUCCAUAAGGAGGGUGCCCAUAUCUACAUCUGUGGUGACGCAAAGAACAUGGCGAGAGAUGUCCAGAAUAUGUUCUACACCAUUGUCGCUGAACUGGGAGAAAUGACCCACGAGCAGGCUGUUGAUUAUGUGAAGAAACUGAUGACAAAAGGCCGCUACUCUUCUGAUGUCUGGAGUUAAACUGGAAGUGGAGGCAGUAUGCUCCAAUGAUGUAUUAUGCACCUAUCUGUUCAUUGGGUGAAUCAACUAUCAGCAACUCCCAGCUGAUGACCUCUACCAGUCAAUGCAAGAGAUUUGUAAUGUUAAAGAACGAGGCAAUGAUUCUUUUUAUUUGAAAAAAAAUUCUUAAAAUGUCCUUUAACUGUUUAUGGGAACUAAUUUUGUGCUUUAUUAAAUACUCUCCUCCAGAAUUGAUACCAAAACUUUAGAAACUUUCCAUUGCUGCCUUUUUAAAGUUACUCUGAAUUCCAGAAUCCUUUUUCGAGAGAUUCCUUUACGAUAGCAAUUGCCUAGAAGGUCAGCUGCAACACACCGAAUCGCUCAAUUUAUACCCAGCGCCUACUAUUUAUCUUGUAAUUUUAAAAAAAAACCAUUAACUAUAUUGCAGGAAAAUAUUGGGUUAGAACUUUGAAAACAACACCACCUUUUACAUGGAACAAUUUUGUGACCUAAUCAAUUGUUUUUGUUUUAUGUAGCUCACAAUUGCUGCCUUUAUCACUUUUUGAUUCACGAAGUCUCAGUUUUUGAGAGGAAAGCAGGGGGAAUGGGUGAACGUUGGGUGAAUGGUGUGGGUGAAGGUGUUGGGAUUGCAUUGAACUCUGAGCCUCCUCUAUCCAUUGAGUUCAGGACGCAUGCAAAGCUUUUUAAACUCUUGCUUAAAAAAAUCCUGUAAGAUAUUAAAAUACACUGUACUUUGAUCUAGAGAUUUUCUACCUAACUUCUAACUUACAAACAGGGAUGUGAAAUUGUUGCCUCUGAUGAGCCAUUUACUAUGGAGUUUUCUCUGUGACUUGAUAAGAAGUUGGAAUCUUGUCAUCUUGGCUUAAGCUAACAACUUUUAUGAAGCAAGGGUUUUUACAUUAAACAGUAGCAAGCUCUGCAUCAAAGGCAAUAUGUGAUCUGAAAUGUUAACUGGAGCGGCUGUACCAUCCAGUCACCCGAUGGCACGUAUCAGCAGAAGCAUAAUUAGCUGUUCAGAAUCUCUAAAUAUUAGUUUGCACUGUCAGCUUGACAUGUUGAUUAAAAAGGCGAUUAUGAGGCUGCAUCAUUUUAUUAACAGAACUUGCAUUCAGCAUCAUGGCACUGAAACAGAGACCUCUGACUGGUUUCACGGAGCACCUCUCCAUCUCCUUGGUUAAGGAAAAUAAAACUGGCAAAGCACAGCUACAUCUCAAAUCUGGCAUUUUGGUUGUACGUGCAGUUUUGGUAAAGUUCUCCAUCUGUAAUCUGUCAAGAGUGCUGAUGUUUUCAAAAUACACUGUAUUGUUAUAUUGCUACUCAUACCAGGUACGUAAUGCAACAUUGGUGAACGCGUCAAGAAAGACAAUAACUCGCACUUUGUUUUUAGCAAUCGAUUCCCAAAGUAAACAGGCAAGAAAAUGCCCCAUUUUAAAUUCACCUUUUCCCCCUUAUGUUCUGUAGCAGAGGGACAGACAGGUGACUUCUCUACCAGUACCAUUGUCUCAGAUAUCCUGACAGCUGGUUCACAUUGACAGAAAUAACUGGUUUUCUCUCUCUGCUCUCACUUUGAAUAGUGUCUCACCAUUGCUCAACCCUUCUACCUAUUCUGAACUUGCAUUCAUAUGCGACAUGAUGACCUCAUGUCCUGGUGGCUUUUAUAAUCUUUAAGUUUUAUUCGUAAACCUCCACCCCAAUAAGAUCUCAUUAGGUCCAAAAGUGAAUGGAUCCCCGAAGCUCUUCAAAAGCUAAGAGUGACGUUAAUUUAACCAGAAAAUGUAACUAAUAUUUCUUAUUCAAGUAGCAGAUGAAAUCAGUGGGGAGGAUGAAUUGUGAAGGUAACUAGUGACUGAAGUAAUAAUUGUCAGUCACUGUUCCUGUAAUUCAACAAUGAUUCAGAAUCACUAUGAUCGAUCAAGUAGGGAUUUUACUACAAAAACUAUGACUUUCAUUGCAGAAAAAAACACUUUCUUUCAAUAUUUUAGAAUCACUGGAGUUGUUUUUGCAAUUUACUAAUGUAACCCGGCCCCCUCAGCCGCGCGAACUGAUAUUUCCACCUAACUUCUGGCUGCUGGGCCUGGCCACCAUGUUGCAUCUCACAGUCCCUUUUGGAACUGAUGCACAGUGACUCCUAUCUGAAAGGGACUGUUGCUUCUGUGUAGCCUGCCUGUUCCCUGCACUGCAUUUCCCUGAUUCCUGUGUUAACUUAGGUUUAUUGAUGAAUGUUUAAUUUCUAAACAUGCCCCAGUUUGUUCCAGCUGAGCACUUUACCAUCCCUUGUAUUACUAGCCUGUUUUAUUUUAAAUGUGAAUCACUACGUGCAAACUUAAGCCGUUGCUUAAUGGCAAAGGGGUUGCAUGCUGUUUUUGUAGUUAUUCUUUCAUUCAUGGGAUGUGGUUUCACUGGCUUGGCCAGCAUUUAUUGCUCAAACCUAAUUGCUCAGAGGGCAGUUAAGAGCUAACCACAUUGCUGUGGAGUGGAGUCACAUGUAGGCCAGAUCAAGUAAAGAUAGCAGAUUUCCUUUUCUAAAGGACACUAGUGAACUGGAUGGUUUUGGAUUAAACAAAGUAUUCAUGUCUUCAUUUGUCUUGCAAUAACAUCUAUUAUAGGUUAGGUAUUGUAAUGUGAUUUGCAUUAAUGAAUUUUUAAAAAGCUGCUUACAUUGUAUGCAGUAGCAGAAUCUUACUCUCUGCACUUACUGACAAUUCCAUUAGAUGUCUGGAAAUACAUUUGGAUUCUGUCUGAGCUGCUGAGGGGGGAAUGUUUCAAAUUCAAUAGCCAUUUAGAUAGAAAAUGGUCAAUAGAAGGUUAUCUGUAAAAAGAAAUGGCAUGGGAAAGUGCAAUUUUUAAAUCUCUGGCUUUUGCCUAAUUACAGGUAGUACACACAAAACUUUACAGUUUUAUUUUGCAAGGAGAGAAUUAUCAGUUGUUUUUUUCAAAAUCACAAUGUAAUGGAUGCAAUCACUUUCUGACCAGUUUCAAUGAGAACGUGGCAGCUGAACAGGCCCAGGAAUAAAAAGUGACAGCUGAAUUCUGAGGAAAUGGUAGUUUCACAGAUCAUGUUCAGUUCGAGCAAAUUGAAUUUGCAAAGAGAGCAGAUUUCAUUGUAAUUUAAAACAGGUAGGUGGUGUUAGCAACACCUAGUCAGAGCAAAAUUCAGUCUGUUUCCCGAGCAGACUGGCCCAGGUGAAGGUAUUCAUUCCUGCACUUUGAAGGGACUGUGCUUCUUCGUGGCUAGUAGGAAUUGACAGGAAUGUAGAAAGAUGCAAUAGGGAUUGGAAUUCAGCAGACCGGGAUAAUUAGUGCCAAGAGUUUUAAAACUUAAAGUCAAGUGAGUAUUUUUAACAAAAGGACCAAAAGCCAAGUUACUGGAAACUUAAGAGUAUGAACAUAUCAGAAGAAAUAAAUCCACCUGAUCUGAACAAAUUGGCAGGGAGGUAUCUCCAGACAUUUGGAGGGAAAUUUGCCAACCUGUCUCAUCUCAGUGAAAAGGUUUGUCCAAGUACAGGAUGGAGCAAGUCUGUCAUACCUAUGCCAGUUGAGUUUGUUAAAAUGGUCAACGGGGAUAAUUUAAUCUUGACUGUAAAACGAGCAGUGGGAUAUGGCAGGAGUGCGAUGCGUUCAGCAGCACUGUGAUCGUGACUGCUCACAGGGGAAACUUACAGAUAAACCAUUCACCUUAAGUUUAACACAGAUACAUUCAUAUAUAUUUUUAAACUUUACUGUUUGAGUAGGUUGGAUUGGUUCCUCUGCCUUAAUUGAAAAAAUGGGAAUUGUAACAACCCAAUGAAUAUUCAUUCAUAGAGUAUCAGGGUCUACAACAUUGGUUUAAAUUAGGCCAGUCCUAAACUAAACUGGGAGAUCCAUGCACUCAGUGGAUGGUCAAAUUUGGGCUGUGUACCCUACAGCUCAGCCCUGUACUUCUGUGUGUACUUUUCUGUUAGUUUUAACUUUGUGCAUCCUGUGAUUAAGUAAGGGCUGCCUGGUAAGCUGCUGAUCCUGACUGAUUCACUCCGUAAUCCCUGUGAAAAGGUCAGGGCUAGUUGCUCAGUUGGCAAACUUUCUGUAAUGCAAUGCAAUACCAAUUUGAUUGACCAGGUGAGAGUCCCUAAUGCAUGUAACAUUGCUGUUCCUUCCCCAAAUUGAAAGGCAUUGUACCAACUGAAAGCUCUGGGGAAUCUGCACAAGGCCAGGCUGCUGUUAAUUGCUACUUUCUUACAAGGAUUCAGUGUGAAUGCUAUUUGCCUCAGUGUGCUGCCAAUUGGAAGAUGUAUAUAUGUCAAAUGCACUAUUGUCUCAGUGGCCCUUAUAUGUCAUGUGAAAUUCUCUAUUGCAUUAAUUGUUCUACAGAAAGAUUCUAAUUCAUGUAUAAAGCACCAAGAGUUUGUAAUGAAGGUAGAUUGCAAUGUGAUAUGAAGUGAGGGAACAUUCAGUUUGAUAUUACACAGGUGAGCCCAUCUCAAAUUUUCUAAUCUGUUGGAAGGAAUUACUAGUUUGUGCUUGAUCUCGGUUUCCCUGGUUUAGUUUUCACUUGUCUGGUUCUGAAUAGCCUAACAGUAUCUUGUUCAAUGUUGUACAUCUAUCAUGUAAUUUGUCUGUGACAACAUUAAAAGCAUUACAGAAA